AGCGUCCGACCGAGGUGGUCAGUGCUACAAGACGCAAUCGAACUGGCAGGCGCUGACAGGCGCUGCCAGGACUCCUGUGCGGCCUGUCAAGGACUGCUGGAUCACUCAUGGCUCGCCGCAUCCUCACACUUUGCCUGACGACCCUACGCAUCGAUGCUCUCCUGGCACCGCCAGCAAGGCUGAGGCAUAGAGUCCUGUGCCGCGCGUCGGACGACGAGGCCCCCGAGGUGGAGGAGGACUGGCGCGCAUUUCGGGCGAGAUUGGUCGCCGGCGGCAUCCCGACGACGACCGAUGCAGAUGAGCCAGCGCCAGCGCCGGCGCCGGCGGAGGAGCGCCAGGGCCUGGACGAGGACAACGUCAAGCUCGCGACCUCCCAAUCGAAGCGACAGGGCGAUAUGUUAAGAGAGGGCACGUGGGCGCACGAGGUCGGCGCGCCCGAGGUCGGCGGUCUGUUGCUGCGACUGCCGCUCGAGACGCAGCUCGCGGUUGCGAAGGACUCGCACUGGGGCCAGGAGCUGCGGCGAUUCGCGAAGCAGGAGGUAACUCGAGCGGCGAUGGAGGACGCGCGGCGAAAAGGGCUGCCGGCGUCCGAGGCGCCGCCGCCAGAACCUGUGGUGGAGACAGAGGCGGCUUUAUAUAGAACCGCGGGCCGGUUCCUGCGGGCGCAGCUCCAGCGCAUAGCACAAAAGGGACAAGUAGACGGCUCCGGGCGCUUGGCUAUCGAUCCGCGGUCACUGGGUGAUGCCGAUCGGCAACUCCUGGACAUGCACCAGCGCUACCUCGGCUCCUGGCAGGAGGUCGUCCUCGUGAUCAAGGACGACGCGGACGGCGCGGUAGGCGUCGUGCUGAACCGGCCAGCCGCUACCGAGGGCGCGCCUCAUCUUAGUAGGGCGCUCGUCGAGGCGCUCGAGAGUGAUGGAGGCGCCAAGGUUACUACAGAUGCUUUCGACGGAGCGUUCGGGAAGACGAUCGCCGCCUACGUCGGCAAGCCGGCAGCCAGAGAGGGUGGCUCGGCAAACAAAGCCAUGGUCGUCCACGGCCUCGAAGAGUUGGAGGGCGCGCGGGAGCUGGCUCCGAACCUGGGAAUUUAUCGCGGCGGCGCGGCGGCGGCGGCGGAGCGCGUCCGCGCGGGCACGGCGGAGCCGCUCGACUUCCGGUUUUUCAUAGGGCGCUACGAGUGGGGCCCGGGGGAGUUGGCCAAGGACGUCCGCGACGGCGUCUACCGGCCGGCGGCCUGCUCGCGCGGCGUCGCGCUGAAGCAGUGCCUCGGGCUGCCGAAGCCGCUCUGGCACGAGGUCAUGGACAUGCUCGGCGGUAGCUCGGCGGACGUGUCCGCGCUCGAGCUCGCGCGACGUAGUGACCAAUAACUUAGUAAAACA